AGAACUCCACUUCCCACAAUGCAUUGUGCAGAGGUGAAGCGGAUGUUUAUAUUCCGCAUGAACAGUGAAGAAUGGUCGAGCAAUGACAGCAGAAGUGAGAGAUGGAUCGAGAACACAGAACACACUCAGCACAAAACUCCAACACACCAACUCUGUCAUGCAUGCAGCUUGGCCUAUAGCCUGUACUGUGUAGAGCCUAUCGCGCUACAGUGCAGGGAAGAGAAAAAGGUUGUGCUUCCUGACUCAAACCCAGUCCUGCUGCUCCAUGUUUCCUAUGCUAACCCUUCUGAGCAUGUUUUACUAUAUCUGUCUACGGCGGCGCUCCAGGAGCGGGACACGGAGCGAGGCAUUGGGUAGCCGGCGGGCAGUGGAGCUGGGCCAGCGUUCUGCGCUACCUGUCACCGUUGAGGUUGAGCAGUAUGGCAAAGAGGUCCUGGACUUCAGUUCUCACUACGGCAGCGAGAACAGCAUGUCCUAUACCAUGUGGAAUCUGGCGGGAGUGCCUAAUGUCUAUCCCAGCUCAGGAGACUUCACCCAGACGGCUGUGUUCCGCACUUAUGGAAGCUGGUGGGAGCAGUGCAGCAGCUCCCCUCCACGGUUCCGUCGUACGCUGCCCAGUUUCCACAGCCAGGACUACCUGGAACUAGCCUUCGAGGAGCCCGUCUAUCCCACAGCUGUGGAGGUGCUGGAGACCUACCACCCCGGAGCCAUUGUCAAGAUCCUAGCGUGCUCGCUCAACCCUUUCUCCCAGAACCCUCCAGCUGAUGUGAGGUGGGAGGUUCUGUGGGCCGGCAAGCCCAACAAAGCUCUGAACCCUCAAGCUCGCCAGUUCUCCCCCAGCAUCAAGCAGAUCAAUUUUGCCACCAACCUGCUGCGUCUGGAAGUGAACAGCUCUCUUAUGGAAUACUACACAGAGCUGGAUGCUGUGAUCCUGCGAGGCGUUCGGGAAAGACCCAUUCUGGCCCUCUAUAAGAUUCCUGUCAUCGACAUCAGUGAUCUGAGUGACAGUGAAGAAGAGAUCAGUGAUGCAGGAGGCCUCUGCUGCAGGUCGGGAGGAGACAACAGGCACAACCUGGGGAACGGCUACUUUGAUAGGCUCCCUUAUGAGCUAAUUCAGCUGAUCGUGAGUCACCUGCCAGUUCCAGACCUGUGCCGAUUGGCUCAGAGCUGCAAGCUUUUUCACAAACACUGCUGUGACCCGUUGCAGUACAUUCAGCUCAGCCUGCAGCCAUACUGGGCCCGGCUCACAGACGCCUCUCUGAGCCACCUGCAGAGCCGCUGCACCCUCCUGCAGAGACUAAACAUGUCCUGGACAGGCAACCGUGGAGCCGUGACGGCCGCUGGGUUCUGCAGCUUUAUGAAGGCCUGUGGGCUGAGUCUGGUGUGUUUGGAGCUGUCGUGCUGUCAUUUCCUGACUGAAGCAUGUUUAGAAGUGAUCGCCCAGACGUGUCCGUGCCUCCAGGAGCUCAAUUUGGCUUCCUGUGACCGUCUGCAACCUCAAACCUUCAAUCACAUCGCCAAACUCACUAACCUACGCAGGCUCGUGCUGUACCGCACCAAAGUUGAGCAAUCAGCCAUAUUGAGCAUCCUCACAUUCUGCCCAGAGCUCAAGCACCUUAACCUGGGAAGCUGUGUCAUGAUUGAGGACUAUGAUGUGGUGGCGAGCAUGCUGAGCGCACGCUGCCGCUCUCUACGCUCCCUCGACCUGUGGCGCUGCAGGAACCUAAGCGAACGCGGUCUGGCAGAGCUGGUUUCGGGCUGCAGGCUCCUGGAAGAGCUGGACCUGGGUUGGUGCUCCACGCUUCAGAGCAGCUCUGGCUGCUUCCAGCACUUGGCCCGCAGUUUGCCCCGCCUACGCAAGCUCUUCCUCACCGCCAAUCGCACCGUGUGUGACUCUGACCUGGAGGAGCUGGCCUCUAACUGCAACGCUCUGGAGCACCUUGAUAUACUGGGUACACGGAUGGUGAGCCCUGCCUCUCUGCGGAAGUUACUGCAGUCUUGUCCUCUGCUAAAGCUGGUGGACGUGUCUUUCUGCUCGCAGGUCGACUCUCGCUUCGUCCAGGAGCUCAGUGGCCUUUUCCCGAAUGUGUCCAUCAAGAAGAGUUUCACUCAGUAAAACUCAGUGGGUCCUGAGCAGGAGCAGUUUUACGGGACGGUCUUUAAGACCCCGGGGAGAAGGGUGGUGCAUGGUGCUGUGAACUUGCUGCCUUGAACUGCACGGAGCUGUGGACUGCCGGUUCGAAGAUGUUAUAGAUGUUUCACUCGCUGGUCUCACUAUGUAUUGAAUCUCACACAUUUCAUCAGACCUCAGUUUUUGAUCUUAAUCUCAGGGUUUUAUUUUUGUCUUCAGAGAGAGACGUUUGUAGUAUGCUGUACUACAGCCGAAUGGUUUUGUUUUAAACAUACAUAUUCAAGUGUUCCAGCACCAAUGUUUUAUUUGCUUUGUUAAAUGUUGUCAAAUCGAUGUUAAAUAUUGUGAAAUAGUGUACUAUGAUUAUUUAUUGAUUGGUUAUAAAUUCAGGGCCACAUUGACUUGAAUUGUGGGCACAGAAAUCUUUUGUGGCAAUACCUUGUUUGUGUGAAACUUUGCCCAUAUCUCCUGUCAAUCCUGUUAUGCACAUGUAUGUACACAAUAGGGCAAAUACCAAAAUAUAAGCUUUUUUCCUCUAUUGCAAAACUUGACGUUUCCUUUUACACAGGCGCAUGCUAACCGGUAGAUAACAUAUCCUUGUGCCUUAGUUUUAAAGAGAGAAGUGCUUUGUUUGUUUGCUGGUCGUCUAUAUUGUGCUAUGCUAAAUUGUGAUUUGCCAAAAUCACCCUAAACCAAAGGGUUUUUCUUUUUUCCUAAUACACUUUAAUUUUGAAAAACACAGAUGGCAAUGUACUGUAUUUUCUUUAAAUGUGUACAAUUAUUCAAGUCAAAUCAAGGAUUAAGGAUAAAUUGUUUAGUGCAUUUGGUAAAAGUUUUUUAAGUGCCAUGUUUUUAAAAACAAAAAGAAAAAAAAGAUGGUUUUCAAUUUGACUUACCUGUGCUUUACUAGCAGUAUAAUAAGCACACCCUGUAAACAAACUCUACAGUUAAUUCGAAGCAACCUAACGCUAAAUAGAUUGUAUUUAUGUUAAAUUGUACAGUAGCUACAGUGAAUUUCUUGUCAUUUUGGAUAUUGUAUUAAAUUUGUGCUGUUAGGAAGCAGGUGGCUUUUAGCAUUAUGUCAGAUCUGAGAGUGAUAGUCGAGGUCUUGGUUCAAUAAAGUGAGGCUUAAUAUUU